GCACUGGAGACUUUAAAAAUGUUUGAAAAAAAGGAUAGCAGAGUGAAGAGUGCAGCUGCAACAAACCUUUCAUUCCUUUAUUAUUUGGAGAAUGAAUUGGCACAAGCAACUAACUAUGCAGAUUUAGCUGUAAAUUCUGAUAGGUACAAUCCAGCAGCUCUAACUAACAAAGGAAAUACUGUUUUUGCAAAUGGAGACUAUGAAAAAGCAGCUGAGUUUUAUAAGGAAGCUCUCAGGAAUGAUUCCUCAUGCACUGAAGCACUUUAUAAUCUUGGUUUAGCAUACAAGAAGUUAAACAGAAUAGAUAAAGCUUUGGACUGUUUUCUGAAACUCCAUGCAAUCCUUGGAAAUAGUGCCCAAGUCCUUCACCAGAUAGCAAACAUAUAUGAGAUCGUGGAAGAUCCCAAUCAAGCCAUAGAGUGGCUCCUGCAGCUGAUCAGCAUAGUACCAACUGAUCCACAUGUACUUUCAAAGCUAGGGAAGUUAUAUGAUAAUGAGGGUGAUAAAUCUCAAGCUUUUCAUUAUUACUGUGAGUCAUACCGGUAUUUCCCUUCAAACAUUGAGGUCAUUGAAUGGCUUGGAGCCUAUUACAUUGACACCCAGUUUUGUGAAAAAGCCAUUGAGUACUUUGAAAGAGCAGCACUUAUCCUACCAACUGAGGUGAAGUGGCAGCUGAUGGUUGCCAGUUGCUACAGGAGAAGUGGUAACUACCAGAAAGCUCUAGAGAAAUACAAAGUAAUUCACAGAAAAUUCCCAGAGAAUAUUGAAU